GCCAAUCCAGAUGUAGGAGAACUAUGGUCAGGCGCGUGCCGCGAGAACAGAGUGGACGGAGAGUAGGAGAGACCGAAAAGGCUGGGGGUGGGAGUAGCGGAUUUGAAGCACUUGUUGGCCUACCGAGGCGUGGCAAACAGAGCACCUCAGAACUCAGGCGUACUGCCCGCCGCCCGAGCCUUGCAAGAGCCGAUAGCGAGGGUGUGGUCCUUAUCUGCACCCAGCGGAGCGCCGGCGGGGUACGGUCUUAGGACCUCGACCUCCUUCUGCCUCAUUUUUUCUCCUCUCUUGUGGGUGAGUCCUGGCCCCUGGACGGGGACCUCACUGUUCCACCAGCCCAUCUGUGCACACUUAAGUUUCCCUUAAAGCAGUUUCCCCAUGGGCCGGACCGUGGUCGUGUUGGGCGGAGGCAUCAGCGGCUUGGCCGCCAGUUACCACCUGAGCCGGGCCCCCUGUCCCCCUAAGGUGGUCCUGGUGGAGGGCAGUGAGCGUCUGGGAGGCUGGAUUCGCUCCGUUCGAGGCCCGAAUGGUGCUAUCUUUGAGCUUGGACCUCGGGGAAUUAGACCAGCGGGAGCCCUAGGGGCCCGGACCUUGCUCCUGGUUUCUGAGCUUGGCUUGGAUUCAGAAGUGCUGCCUGUCCGGGGAGACCACCCAGCUGCCCAGAACAGGUUCCUCUACGUGGGCGGUGCCCUGCAUGCCCUGCCCACUGGCCUCAGGGGGCUACUCCGCCCUUCACCCCCCUUCUCCAAACCUCUGUUUUGGGCUGGGCUGAGGGAGCUGACCAAGCCCCGGGGCAAAGAGCCUGAUGAGACCGUGCACAGUUUUGCCCAGCGCCGCCUUGGACCUGAGGUGGCGUCUCUAGCCAUGGACAGUCUCUGCCGUGGAGUGUUUGCAGGCAACAGCCGUGAGCUCAGCAUCAGGUCCUGUUUUCCCAGUCUCUUCCAAGCUGAGCAAACCCAUCGUUCCGUAUUACUGGGCCUGCUGCUGGGGGCAGGGCGGACCCCACAGCCAGACUCAGCACUCAUUCGCCAGGCCUUGGCUGAGCGCUGGAGCCAGUGGUCACUUCGUGGAGGUCUAGAGAUGCUGCCUCAGGCCCUUGAAACCCACCUAACUAGUAGGGGGGUCAGUGUUCUCAGAGGCCAGCCAGUCUGUGGGCUCAGCCUCCAGGCAGAAGGGCGCUGGAAGGUAUCUCUAAGGGACAGCAGUCUGGAGGCUGACCACGUUAUUAGUGCCAUUCCAGCUUCAGUGCUCAGCGAGCUGCUCCCUGCUGAGGCUGCACCUCUGGCUCGUGCCCUGAGUGCCAUCACUGCGGUGUCUGUAGCUGUGGUGAAUCUGCAGUACCGAGGAGCCCAUCUGCCUGUACAGGGAUUUGGACACUUGGUGCCAUCUUCAGAAGAUCCAGGCGUCCUGGGAAUCGUGUAUGACUCAGUUGCUUUCCCUGAGCAGGAUGGGAGCCCCCCUGGCCUCAGAGUGACUGUGAUGCUGGGAGGUUCCUGGUUACAGACACUGGAGGCGAGUGGCUGUGUCUUAUCUCAAGAGCUGUUUCAGCAGCGGGCCCAGGGAGCAGCUGCCACACAAUUAGGACUGAAGGAGCUGCCAAGUCACUGCUUGGUCCAUCUACACAAGAACUGCAUCCCCCAGUAUACACUAGGUCACUGGCAAAAACUAGAGGCAGCUAGGCAAUUCCUGGCUGCUCACAGGUUGCCCCUGACUCUGGCUGGAGCCUCCUAUGAGGGGGUUGCUGUUAAUGACUGUAUAGAGAGUGGGCGCCAGGCAGCAGUCAGUGUCCUGGGCACAGAACCUAACAGCUGAUCCCCAACUCAUGAAAAUAAAAAUUGCUGAAGCUUGG